AAAACACAAAUCAUUAGACUCAGGGGAGUUGAAGCUCAGCAGAUGAUGGAACUGGUGCCAUGUCUUUGGGUCGGCUCCUUCGUCGUGCGUCCUCCAAAGCUUCCGACCUCCUGACACUAAACUCUGGAGGAGGAACGCAGUCGGUCCUGGAUGGGGAAAUUAUAUUCUCUAAAAAUAAUGUGUGUGUGCACCCGCCGGAACUGCUGCAGGAUGUGGGAUCCCAUCACCCAGGUUACAUGUGUGUUUAUAUGGAGAAGGAUGAGUCUUUGGGUUCCACUUUGAUCCUUGCUUGGGUUCCAAACUCCCGUAUCCAACGUCAGGAUGAAGAGGCGCUGCGUUACAUCACACCGGAAAGUUCUCCUGUCCGCAAAGCACCACGCAAGAGAAAUAGACACCUGCCCGGGGCAGUCGCCUCCACACCUAAUAAACCAGCGGUUACGUCUAAAGAAUGUCCAGGGGAGAACAUCGGAACAAGGGAAGCCCACUCCUCUGCAGAGCAGAAUCCCUCCGAGUGCUCUGUGGAGGAAAUUGGGGAGCAGUUGGAGGACGAGAAGUCUUUGGACUUAUCUUCUGAUGAAGUGAGCAAGGACAGUACUUUAGACUCUGAUUCGGAUCCCUUCUCCUCGCCCUUCUGCCUAUCUCCAAUAAGUGAGGCUUUGGGCGAGAGCAGCGGGUCUGUGUUCUUGGAAAAUGAAAGCCGGGAUUACGCAGAUAGUCCCACGACUGGUUACACGUCUUCCAGUCUAAAUGCCAACUCCCAGUUCAGGGAUAUGAACGGGCAAGGAAGUGCAGCGAGGUGGGAAGAGCAGCAGAAGCUUUUGGCGUUGGAACAGACGUGCGGCGUGUUCCGUGUGGAUCUGGGUCAAAUGCGUUCCCUACGCUUCUUCUUCAGUGACGAUGCCGGCACCAGUGGACAGUUGGUGGUAGCCAGCAGAGAGAGUCAAUAUAAAGUCUUCCAUUUCCACCACGGUGGCUUGGGGAAGCUCUCGGAGGUGUUCCAGAAGUGGAAGUACUGCCGAGAGACACAACUCAAGGAGCAGGUGACAGAGGAGAAGACCUGUCUUCAUUUCUCCAUCCAGAGGCCCAAUCUUCCUUCUUCUGAAUCUCACCCAGAGGAGGGUAUCUACCGACGUCUGGAUGUCACCAGCUGGCUGCAGCACUUCAACGAGGCCGGGCAGGUGGAGGAGGAAUACAAACUUCGCAAGGCCAUAUUCUUUGGAGGCAUCGAUCCAUCACUGCGGGGUGAGGUGUGGCCCUUCCUCUUGGGGUACUACAACUGGGAGACCACGUCAGAGGAGAGGGAAGCACUGCGGGUACAUCGGAGGGAGGAAUACGCUCAAAUCCAGAAAAAGAGAGUUUCCAUGAGCCCGGAUUCCCAGAAGAAUUUCUGGAGGAACGUGCAGUUCACUGUGGAUAAAGAUGUGGUGAGAACAGACCGUAGCAACCAGUUCUUCAGAGGGGAGGACAAUCCCAAUGUAGAAGCCAUGAGGAGAAUCUUACUGAAUUAUGCAGUGCACAGCCCGGGAGUCGGGUACUCGCAGGGAAUGUCUGAUCUGGUGGCCCCGCUGCUGGCAGAGAUCCUGGAUGAAUCGGACACAUUUUGGUGUUUCGUCGGCCUGAUGCAGAACACAAUAUUUAACAGCUCGCCUUGUGACGAGGACAUGGAGAAGCAGUUGAUGUACCUCCGGGAGGUUUUGCGUCUCGUGCACCCACGUUUCCACCAACACCUGCAGGCGUUGGGUGAAGAUGGGCUACAGAUGUUGUUUUGUCACCGCUGGAUCCUGCUUUGCUUUAAAAGAGAAUUUCCGGAUUCGGAAGCACUAAGGAUGUGGGAGGCUUGCUGGGCUCACUACCAGACGGACUAUUUCCACCUGUUUCUGUGCGUUGCCAUUAUUGUUCUUUACGGAGAUGAUGUCAUCGAACAGCAGUUGCCAACCGAUCAGAUGUUGUUGCAUUUUAGUAACUUGGCAAUGCACAUGAAUGGCGAGCUGGUGCUAAGGAAGGCGCGGAGCUUGCUGUACCAGUUCCGUCUGCUACCCAAAAUACCCUGCAGCCUGCACGAUCUGUGUAAGUUGUGUGGUUCGGGCAUGUGGGACAGCGGCUACAUCCCCCCUGUGGAGUGCACAGGUCAGCAUCCAGAGUCUGAGAGCUGCCUUUACGGAGGAAUCGUGGAGGAACCGUCACCAAAAACCCCAAAGAACAGCAAGAGAGGCCAUAAGCCAUUGGAUGUAUUUAAUUUUAGAAAAUAGGAAGAAUCUACCAGAGAAAUAAAAACGUUCUGGGAAGAUGGCUGUGCGAUUUAAAGGGAAGCUAUCAGUGAAAAUCUCCUAUUUUGGUUUAUCUGGCUGGCUCCCGUCAAUACGGGAUAUUACAUGUCAAGGAGCACUUUAGCCAGAGAAGCUGCCCAUAACGCAGCGUCACAAUGUGCUGCAAAGUGUCCCAUAUUCUCAUUAUCACCGAGUAACAUUCUCCAAAUCUUCUAGCUGAGCCCUUUACACCCAAGAUGUGCAGAUAUUUGUCAGUUCACACAAAGUCUCUGAUUAGUAAAUAAACCCCUUUCCAUUAAAUGUAACCCCUUAAGGACACAUGACAUGUGUGACAUGUCAUGAUUCCCUUUUAUUCCAGAAGUUUGGUCCUUAAGGGGAUAAAUAAUAAUUGCAGGAAUCUGUACAUAGAUGACUUGACACGCUGGGGCUUAUUCACUAAACAUUGAACAAUUCUCCGCUUUGCUCACAGAUUGUGCGUUUGGCAUUUAAUAAACAAACCGCUGUGUUAAAGCAAACCAGAGAUAGUUUAAAGCACGGAUUCCAACUCCCAUUGUCUUUCCACAGUAUGACCACUCAGCUUAACCCUGAAAUCGCAAUUUGUCACGCAUCGUAUAGGCACAAUGUACACAAUCCCGCGCAUUCACAUCUCCAUUACACAAGGUGUUCAAUAACCUGAUUUAUACAAUGUAUAAACAAUGUUUGUCUGUUCUUUUUCUAAUCAAUUUAUCAAAAUAAAUGAAAUGACUUUUUCUUACGUGA